AUGGCCCACAUUACGGACCUGGUACCCUGGGACUGCACCUCCACCCAGAUGUUCACCUCGCCAAUCUCCCUGCUUCCCAUUGAGCACCAGCGCCACUCACUGGCAGGUGUGAAGCAGAACCUCUACCACCCGAACCUGCCCAGCCUGCGCCGCAUGGACAUGGACUCCGUCAAAGGCUGCCUCUCAAACGAGCACUCCCGGUCCUCCACCUUUUGCACCAAAGAGGACUUUGACAGAGACCACUUCACGCUCCUAGGAGUUCCCAACAAACCCAUACGCUGUUUGGACAAAACAGAGGGAAGGAGACUCCGGGACAGGCACCAAGAGGGGAAGCUGGCGCCCAUCGCACCAGGCAUCAACCGGGUCAGCUGGCCCUCCUUCACUCACGCCGUGGAUGACUGGUCUCGCUUGGUGUCCUCCACCGACGAGUUCAAGCUGCCCUGCCUGUGCAAGAGGGUGGAGGGUUUCAGCGGCUAUGCUGUGCAGUACUUGAAGCCGGAGCAGACUAAGAAUUGGAAGUUCUGCUUCAACCAGAACCCCAGCCUGGACCGCUAUGGACAGAAGCCCCUGCCUUACGAAACCCUGAACACCUUCCGGAACUUUGGCAACACUUACAGCUACACAACACCCUGGCGUUAA